AUGUAUUUUCUCAUUAGGCUUAUCCUUUCUUUAAUUCUAUGGAUUUCCUACGCAAAUCCUUCCCUGGCUCAGUACCAUAUAAAUCGCCCCAAGCGCGUCUUUCCGGAUUUUAAGUUCCCCUCAGACUAUAAGGAUAUUCCCAGAGUUUUUGAGUGGAAGAACCUGCAAUAUGGUUUCCCCAGUGAACAAGAGCGAGAACAGGUGCUGCGAAAUGGUCGCUAUAAUCCGGAUAGUCCCAUACCCAUCGACAUUGAUGUUUAUUACCCACGAAAUGGUGGUCCACCUCGGCACUUUGUGACUUCGCCCCGUUUUGGCCAGGGAGUUCCAUAUUCCUUGGCUUACGUUACAAAUGUGCAGCGGGAAAACGGCAGUGAAAUCCAGGCGUAUCCCAGUUACCAAUGGCACAGUAGCCACGGAGCGAAUUGCGAUGGCUUGACCUCCGUUUAUCGGGUUCACAUCGAUCCCUGCGGUCAGAUGUGGAUCCUGGACAGUGGAGAGAUAGAGUUUGUGCAGCACUGUGCACCGCAAGUGGUGGUCAUUGAUUUGGCCACCGACCAGUUGAUUCAUCGGUAUCGUCUGCCCGAAACUUCUUACAAAGCCAAGGUCAGCAGAUUUGUGAAUAUCUAUGCGGAUAUAAGGGAUCCACCGCCAAGAGGGCAGUGCAAAGAUGUUUUUGCCUAUUUGGCGGAUCCUACGAGUAAGGCCAUAGUGGUGUACGAUGUGGUGGGUCAAAAUUCCUGGCGCAUUGAGAACAAAUUCACCUAUCCUGAUGCCAAAUUCGGAACCCACACGGUGGCGGGUGAAAGCUUCGAGCUGCUCGAUGGACCUUUGGCCCUGGCGGUGACUCCUUUGGGACUGGGAUUACGACGCCAUCUGGUUUUUCACGCCUUAUCCAACGAUCUGGAGCUAGCCAUUCCGCUGGAUAUCCUGAAUAAUGCCACAAAUUGGCAAAAGGGGCUUAGUUCCUCCCUCUCGGAGUUCGUGACCCUGGGCAGAAGAGGAAUUCAGUGUGCUUCACAUGCGAUCAGCAGACAGGGUUUCUGGUUUUGCGGCUUCCUGGAGCCCAUUGGCAUUUUCGGCUGGGACAUUCGAAGGCCCUACAACCGGGAAAAUGUCCAGUUAUUGGCUCUAAAUCCGGUUACCCUGCAGUUUGUCAGUGGCCUAAAGAUUAUACAGAGACCUUCGGAUGGUAAAGAGGAGCUGUGGCUGCUGUCGGAUCGUCUGCAGAAGAUAUUUGCCGGAACCAUCGACUACGGGGAAAUCAAUUAUCGGGUGCUGCGAUGCGAUGUGGAAGACCUUUUGCAGGGGCGGGGAUGCUUUUAG